AUGACCAUGGAACUCACUCCAAUGUCUAUUUUUACCGCAUGGCUCGGUGUAUUUUCGAUAUCGUUCACGCUCAUGCCGUUUAUGAUGGUGCUUGACUGGCGUCGUCGCGGAACAGCCGACGGCUUUUCAUCAGUGAAUUUUGUGUUACCGAUGUUGAUGACGUCAUGCUGGUUAAGGCACGGAUACAUGACCAACGAUAACACGAACAUAACCAUCAAUACUAUCAACGUUGCAUUCUUCAUGUUCUACAUUGCUGCUUUCGCCUAUUAUCAACCAAGGAGGAAAUACCUUUAUGGACAACUAUUUGCAUGUGCAGCAGUGAUCAAGCUGAUCUUCAUGUACGUCGACAUGCAGAGAAUCGAUGUAGCACCCGAUGUGAUGGGUUCGAUCGCAGCAGCAACACAGAUCGCCUCCCUUGCUGGUGGUAUCUAUGAAAUUGUAAGUAUUAGUUUACAACCACUCAAGUAA